AUGGUUAUUUUCAAUGAAAGUUUUAGAUGGAUAUUCUUGUUUUGUGCAAUCCUGUACGUCUCGAUGAGUGGCUUGAAGUCCUUUGAACUCAAUGAUGAAGAUAUUCCUCUGCACUUCACAUCAGAGAGCUCGUAUUUAAUUGUUGCAGAGGGGGAGCAGGUUUUACUUCCUUGCAGAACAAAUGUUUUCUCUGAAGCAUUGGUAUCUUGGUACAAAGAUGAUAUUAGAAUAGCUGAAAAUCUUACUUUUUCUUUUCGUCUCCGGUCAGCCAGUCGCGAAGAUGCUGGAUAUUAUCACUGCGUAGUAAAAACUACUUAUGGAGGGAUUCGUAGCCAGAAAGUCAAGUUAGAGAUAGGAUAUCUUGAUCCACCAUCCAAAAUCAAAGCGCGUUCAUUUAUUGAAGUAACUCUAGAUCAAGCUGUUAUAAUUUGGCCUGGUUCACUAGAUCAAGAUAAACGUAAGCAACCAUUUCAACUGGAAAGACGAAAUGGAUUGUGGAAAUCAGUAUUCAACUCAAUAAACGAAACAAACAAAGCUUUACCUCCUUCAUAUUAUUUACAAGCAGUACCAUUCCCACAAGCUAUAUGGACCAUAAACAAUGCCCCAAUACCUAGUACAUUGAAUAUUUUUGUUAGCCAGUUGGAACAAGCUAUAGUAUUGCUUAAUAUUGAUAAAGAAAUGGAUUCAAAAGUGAUUAGGGCACGAUUGAUCAAUGGCUAUGGUAGAGCGAAUAGUGAAAUAUUCAGUCAGACACAUAUAAUCCAAGUUAAAGAUCCACCUUUAAAUAUGGCAACAAAUUCCUUAGAUCUUGUUUUACCUCCAAAAGAUGUAUCACUUACUUUAAAAGAUGAUCAACCAGGAACAGCCGUUUUUGAAUGCGUAUUUAAUGCAAGACCUGCUCAUGCACUAAGAGUUCAAUGGUUUAAAAGUACAUUGAAUGGUAAACAUGAGCCUAUCGACCCAUCAAAUGUUAUUUCAUCCCCAACAAAAAUGUCAACCAGUCCUAAUUCAAACAACAAUAAUAAUCAAAUUAUUUAUAAAUUUGAUACGUCUGGUCUCAAUAGAACAUUAAUUAUUAGCAAUAUAUUACCGAGUGUAAUACCUUCUGAUUAUUUUCAACAAACCAAUCAAAAAGGAAUUUAUUCCGAAGAAUAUACGUGUCAUGCUUAUUUAAAUGAUUACAAUGGUAAUAGUGUAUUUGAUAUGAAUAAAUUCAUGUUAGAUGAUUCUCAAUUUACUACAUCAGUCCUAUCAUCCCCUUCCUCUACAAAUUCUGCAAUUAAUUUAUAUCAACGUAUUAGUCCUAUAUCAACUACGGCUAGAUUAAAAUUAUAUCUACCGCCAAAGGUUAAAUUCCCGCCAAAUUUGAUGAGUAGUUUGACAAGUCAAUUGGAAAUUACACCGAAAUAUAAUAAAUUAGUGAUAAUUGAAACAAGCGCCAGUAUGAUUAUUCAGUUACCAUGUGAACUAGACUAUGUCGGUAUACCAAAAGCUGAAAUUAAAUGGUUAAGAAAUGGUGAUCCAAUUGAUACACAUAAUCAAGAAUAUUACCAGAUUCAUAUCAAUCAUACUUUAAUCAUCAAAAAUUUGAAGUUAACCGAUGCUGGUAUUUUUCAGUGUUACUCAUACAAUGAUGUUGGUGAAGAUUUCCUGAAUAUUUGGCUGAAAGUAACGUCGUUCGCUCCAAGAUUAUGCAACUCGGAAAUAAUUAUGGAGAAUAUUACUGUAUUGAAAGAAUCAACAACAGUUCUGACUUGUCCUAUUCAUGGAGCACCAACACCUGAAUAUAAAUGGUAUAAAGAAACCAAUGAAAAUGAAUGGACACCAAUUCAUCAAUUAUAUCAAAAGUAUAAAAAUUCGAAUUAUUCUUCAACUGUCAAGAGAAAGCAAUAUUCAAUCAAAGAGGAUGAUAUGAGUGUAAUGUUAGCUGAUGAUAAAUUAAAAUCUACACAACUACCAUCUAAUUCACGUGUACCGAUGGGUUUAAAUGAAUUGGAGAUUUAUAAUGUCGAUUAUAAAUCAACUGGUCUAUAUAAAUGUGAAGCAGUGAAUUAUUUAGGAAAUCAAUCAGCUUUUAUUUAUGUCAGUGUUUAUUCUCGUACCAUACCUGUUCACUAUUUACCAAGUUCAAUAACAGCUUUUGCUAAUCAAAGCUUAUCAAUAAUGUGUUCAUUUUACAUUGAUCAAAAUACAAUUGCUGAAAUUAACUGGUUUCAUGGAAGGAAAGAAUCCACUCUAUCUGGUGAAAAAUAUAAGAAACAUAAUAAUACCAUGUUGCUUCACGAAACUACCAAAGAUAAUACAAAAGUAAUUACAAAUUACAAUCUUGUCAAGUCUGUACCAAUAGAUCCAGUUAUUACUUAUUUCUCACGUGAUAUUCCACAAAAACACAAACCGUCUAUAAGGUUAAAAGAGUAUGGAUCAAUUUUACAUGUUAACAGUGUUGAUGUAAUUCAUCAAGGAUUCUAUGUUUGUGAAAUCCUAUCACCUGGUGGCAAUUACACUCUUAAAACUGAAUUAAAAGUUGUUUCGCUCCCGACAACGCCGACUGAUCUGUCUGUUACCAAUGUAUUUGAAACUAGUAACUAUAAUGAUAAUAAUAACAAUAAUAUUCAUGACAUCGGAGUUCAACUGUUAUGGAGACAGCCACAAGCAAAUCAUCAGCUCAAAAUAACUCAUUAUGCAAUUUUUAUUCAUAAAUUACCCAAUCAAAAUGGUUUGAGAAAACAAAAUUGUGAAAUAAUCACAGAUGAAGAAUGGGAACUAUUCAGUGUCAUAAAUUUGAAUGAAACUAUUAAAAAUCCAACAAAUGAUAGUUAUAUAUAUACAAUACGUAAUAUAUCAAUAAUCUUUCAGACUGGUUCAUAUUGUUUCAGUCUAUCUUCAGUAAAUUUUCUUGGAUGGAGUAAAAAAUCUAACUCCGUUUUUUAUUCAGUGUCUAAUAUACCUAAAACAUUAAACGAAAUUAUUUUGAAACUGCAUUUAAUCAACGUUACAAGCACAUCUAUUCAUAUUGUUUGGGUAGCAGCAUUGCAAACAAAUAAAUUAUCAUUAUCCUUAGUUAAAGAAUAUCAGUUAUAUUAUUGGAUUGAGAAUAGUGAUUUUGUGGAAGUGAAAAAAUGUCCUAAUAUAAACAGUUUUAUACAACAAGAUGAGUUGACAAAUUUAAAACCAUCGACAAGAUAUCAUUUAAAAAUUUCAGCAUGUAAUGAUUACGAAUGUGGAACAUUUUCUGAAGUUCUUCAAGUUCAAACUCUUCCACAUGAAUUAUUUAAAACACCAUCACUCAUAUCUGUUACUGUACAUCAAGGAAACAAAGUGGAAAUAUCGUUUUUCAGCGACUAUAUAGAUAGAGAUGAUUAUUACAGUGAAGAAAUGAAAGGUUAUUUAGUUAAAUUAUCUUGCAUUGAUCCACCUGGUUGUUCUGACUUACAAAUGUAUUUACCCUUAGAAUGUGUCAUGGACACUGAAAGGUUCGUUGAUGAACACUUUAAUGUUAACCCCGAAAACACUAUUGGCAUUCAGCGUUGUAACGAAUUAAAUCCCCUCGAAAACUCCAUUUUUUUGUACAGUGCAAAUGUGAAUAGAAGUAAUCAUCAGAUUUCAAUCAGUUUGAAUUCACUUAGUCCAUAUACGUUAUACGAAUUGUUUGUUGCUUAUGUAUAUACAAAUCGAGUUGGUCCGUUCAGUAGACCAGCCGAGGUGUUUCGUACAAUUGAAGAUGUUCCUUCUCGAAUUAUCAAUUUAAUGGUUAAUACUGACGGUAGAGAUGGUCUUAUUGUUGAAUGGAAUGCACCAGAAAAACCAAAUGGAAAAAUAUUACAAUAUAUACUACAUUAUACUGAGAUAAAACCUAUUGAUUCAUUGAUUGACAUUCACCAUCAAUAUGAUCAUAUAGAAAGUGGAUAUAAUACAACAUUGGCUUUUAUGAAUCAAAGAAUUAACCAAAGUAGUAGUUAUGACGAUGAACUAUCAAUUCAUCAAUAUCCAAUAACACACCAUUUAUCAACAGCUUAUACAAAAGAUUCUAAUUUUAUUCAUUCCAUACAAACUAGAACAUAUGACAAUAGAAAGUAUGCUGGCUAUUAUAGUUUAAAUAGAACAACUUAUCGUGUACAUAUUAAAUCAUUAAUUCAUAAACACAUUUAUCAAAUAAGAAUGUUUGCAUUGAAUACGGCUGGAUUAAGUCCAGUUACUUUACAAUUAGGCAUUACAUCAUUAUUACCAAAGUUGAAAUAUCAAUAUCAAUAUACAGAGAAGAAUUUUAUUCAAUGGAUUAAUUUAAUACAUUUAAAUAAACAUCAAGAGAAAAUAUUUAAAUGGUUAAAUAGCACUCGUAUACAGUUUGUCAGUGAACCGGUUAUUACAAAGAUAAAUGCUCAUAAUGCAGAAUUUUCAAUCGAAUUCAACCUAAAAUUAGAUGAAGAUAUUUCUCAUUCAAUUCAUUACAACCAAUCUACCCCAGUUGUAGGCGAUUUUUCACGAACAAUAAAAUUAAUUGAAAAAUGUAAAUGGCCAAUAAAAAUACAAAAAAUUCCUUUGAACGGUUAUCAAGCUUUAAGUGGAAAUGAUCAAAUAGACUCCUGGAAUUGGAGAAUAAUCACAGCCUAUAAAUAUACUAUUAAUUCAUCAUUGAAAUUAUCUCUAACAGAAUUGACUAAAUUCAAUGUUUAUCAAGGAGUUCAAUUGACGUUAUCAUUUAAAUUAUUUAAUUUAUCCAGUUCUAAUUAUUAUCGAAUUGAAGUUUGGCAACCGAUUGGUUUACUUUUUGGUAACUAUAAACAAAUUGCUAGUAAAAUUUUAUAUCAUUCAAAUCUAUCUAAAUGGUUUAAAAUUGAUUGUAAACCGCCAACAGUGUCGCCAUCAUCAGUAUCUACUUAUAUGUUGAAUAUAGAUCAAAUGAAAAUCACAUGGCAGCCUCUUUCUUCGGAGGAGUGGAAUGGAAUACCUGGUGGUUAUUUAAUUACAGUUCAGGAAGCUGAAACCGAACAUACCCAUAGUUCAAUAACAACUUAUCCGAAUCACGAUCAUAUGUAUAAUGCGAAUGAAACAGUCAAAAUUCAAAUUACUCAAAGCAAGUGUGGUUUAGAUUAUUUACAAAUAUUUAUAAAUGAUAGUAUGGCUUUCUCAUAUAUCAUUGAAGAUUUGAAACUUGGUAGUGAUUACAUGGUAAGUAUUCGUGCUGCAAGUGUAGAAAUCGGAAAUUCUGACAAAUGGUUAUUGGGUCCACAAACUGUUAUUCAACAUUUGUCAAUUUACAAACAAGCAAAAAAUAAUGAAGACAUACGAUUUCUAACUUCGAUGAGAAUGUCGAAAUUUAUUCCAUACAAUCUCAAAGUUUCACGUGAAUUAGAUUGGAUAGUUGUGAGUUGGAAAGAGAAUAUCAAAGUGGAUUGCGGACAAUUACCAGAAGGUUACCAACUAAUCUUCAAUAAAGUAUGGUUUAAUGAGAAUACAAAUGAAACAUUACCCAAUGAUGAUGAUGAUUAUGUCAACUAUUUGAAAUUUAUUCCAUUCAAUGAUACAAAUUUAAAUCGUAGUAAAAUUUUACAGUCUAGUGAUUCAUUUUAUGAAAAUAUCUUGAAACUUCCAUUGAAAAUAUUUUUUAAUCCAAAUGAAGCGUGUUAUUUUAAUGGAUAUUUGAGAUUACGAUUAUUAUAUAUAAUUGGUCAGUCUAUCAAUGAAAACGUUGAACAGGCUACAGUUUAUUUGAAUCUUGAAGCAGAAAAAAUAAGACACCGUUUAUUAUUGCGUAAAGUAAUCCCAUUGUCAAAACAGAGAAAGGCACGUGUAUUGAUUACUUGGAUACCAAACAUUAAUAAUGAUAAACCAUUGUUUCCUCAUACAGAUAUAUUCACUUUAAAAUGGACAAGAAUUGAUCCUAUAUCAUAUGAAAAUUUGAGUUUACCAUUCACACGAUUAAUCAGUUGGCCAGAUACGAAUAAUCAUAUCUUGAUGAAUAAUGGAUAUGCAGCACUGAAAUCAGCUGAAAAAGCAUCAAAGAAACAAAAAUAUUCAGAAUAUUUGAUUACUGUUGAUGAGCUAUUAAUGGAAGCAACAUAUUUAUUUCAAUUAAUCCAAACAAACUUCAGUCAACCGAUAAAUAUUUCCGUAAAUGAUGAAAAAAUGUGUUCAAGUAAAACACAGUUAUUGGUUUAUGUAACAACCGUUGAAAGUUUUCAAACAGGACCGCGACAACGUCCAGUAACGCCCAAAAUACAACUAUCACAUAGAAGUUUCACGCAAAAACAAUAUGAAAAUACAAUAUGCCCUAUCGCCAAAACUCAUUUAUCUUGGCCUAAUUAUUUACGUCAAUUACAUUCAAAUCAAACAACUGAAUAUAGUUCUGGAUUUCUGUAUACAUCUCCAGUCACAAAUUAUGUUUUGCAUUAUGCAGAAGUAAUGAAUAACAAUUUCAGUGAAGAUAUUUAUAGUAAGAAUUCAAUUAAUUUUGGUUCUGUUAUCUGGAAGACGUAUCAACCGGCACCACAGAUUGAUGAAGUGAAUGAUUUCUUAGUAGAUGGGCUCCUACCUUAUAAAAUGUACAUUUUUCGUCUAGCUGCUCAAACUGAUAUUGGAAUAAGUCCUUUCAGUCUACCAACUGAUAUUUUGAUAACAAGUCCUCAAAGACCUUGUUAUUAUUCGAUUAAAUUAGAAUUUGAACUGAGAUCUCAUCUGCACUCUGAAAUAUCCCAACGUUCCGAUCUAACUUCAAGGAGACGGAGCGAGGGGGGAUGUUGUGAAUAUUUAUUGUUAAAGUGGAAAGCACUGAAUUAUCAUCAAUGGAAUAGUCAACCUGGUUGGUAUCAUAUCACAUAUAGAUUAUGGUCAUCAAAUUAUAAUAAUGCAAAUACUCAGUUAUUUAAUUUAUUUAUAAAACAUGAUGAAAAUCAAAUUAAAAAUUCAUAUUUCCAUGUGGAAUUAAAAAAUUUAAUACCAAAUCAUUAUUAUUUAUUUUCUAUUGAAGCUAUCAAUAAUUAUAAUACCAAUAAUUUAAUGACUUCAGUGGUACAAUUAUCAUCAUCAUCAUUUAUAAUUAUUAACAGUGGAAUUGGAUGUAAUCCAAUAGAACUACAAUAUUAUCAAAUAAAACAAAUGACUAGAUCAAUCAUUAUGUAUAUGAAUAAACUGAAUUACCCUAUACUAUUGAGUAAACCAUUAUUAAGUCCAAUGAAUUUUUUAUGUUUAUCUGAUCCUAUUCAAGUUUUAAUUAAAUGUACAUGGGAAUAUAAAGAAUUUCAAGGUAUUUUAGGAUUUAUUUUAGAAGUACAUGAAUACGGUGACAUAAAUUAUAACAUCUCCUAUGAUUCCAUUCAAACUCAUUCCAUCUUCAUUAAACCGCAUGUACACGGUGUUUUAUUACAUUCUGUAUCAAGUAUAACUCAAUCAAGUGUUAUCCUAUCAGGUCAAACAAUUAUUAAACCGUAUUUUUAUUAUAAAACGUCAAUUCAUGUUAUAACAACGGGUGGACAUGGACCAAAUGCAUAUUUCCCUCAAUCCGAUUAUAAAGAGACAAAAAUUAAUACAAAUAUAAAGUUGCAUCAUUCAACAGAAAAUGGUUGUUUAUCUGGUGAAUUGUUAUGUACAUCACAAUCACCACCGAACCCUCCAUUUUCAUUAUCGUCUCAAUGGUUAUCAAGAGAUCUAAUUAAACUUGAAUGGUUACAACCUGAACAAUUGAAUGGAAAACUCGUAAAUUACCGUAUCACAUGGAGUGAAAUUACUUUUCCAUUCAAAGACAAUCAAUUUAUUGAUCGAAAUUCGAUAAAUAGCAAAGAACUUGGGCAUCAAUUUACAGUGAUACUAAAAUCGUUUGAAACAACAUACACCAUAGAUCAGUUACAUGAAAAUACUUCAUAUAUAUUUAAAGUGUACGCUCGAACAGAAUCAAAACAAAAUGAUGGUUGGAGUAUACCGAAUUGUAUUUAUGCAUCAACAAGUUAUUGUUGGUUUAAUUCACCUCAAAUAAUUAAACUUAUAUCCCAACAUAAAUGUGAUUUUAAAACUAUACUCAAAACAAUCGACCCCAGUUUGGAAAAGUUUUGUUCAUUCAAUUCACCAAUAUUACGUCGUCCAGUAGUGUUUAUCAGUAGUAUAAAUAAAACUGCGACGAAUCCAAAAUUUGAAAAUUUGACUAGGAAUUCAUUAAAGUUUCAUUAUAAUAAAACAAAUAUAAAUUAUGCAUCAACUGUCAUUACAAUUCUAUGGAGUGAAGCCAUGUCUGGGAUCAAUUCGAUUACGCAUAUAUUAAUUGAAUUACGUUAUUCUUGGAACUUAAACAAAUGGUAUUCUUUCACUAUGAUAAACAGUUCAAUGAGACUGUACACUUUUGAUUUUGAAGAUCUAACAAAAAUUUCCAUCGAUUUAAAUAAGGAUUCAAAGCAUUCAUUUCAUGCAAUGAGAAAAAAAGUAAGAUCACAAACAACAAUGAAUGAAAUCAACCAAGAAGCAACAAUACGAAUGAUAACAGCUGCAUUUACUGAUGCCAAUGUACCGAUAGAUUCUACGACACAUGUAGCUAUUCAAUUUCGUGUAUCUCCAGUUAAUCAAUUUCAAAUCGGUUUACCUAGUCAACAGUCAGACUGGAGUGUCAUAAAGUUAAAAACAAUAGCAACACCAUUUUAUCAUCAUUGGUGGUUUAUAAUGAUGUUAGGAUUAUGCGCUACUUCAAUCAUCUUCAUUUUAUUGAUUACUUUGAAAUGGAAUAUACACAGAAGGCAACAGUUAAAUAAAUCAACAUUUGUUACUGAAAAAUCUGAUUCCAAUGUAUCUUCAUCUAAUGCUUUUAUGAAUGAUUGUUGUUUAGCACUUAAACUAUAUCAUUCAAACUAUUUGACAAAAACAAUGAAUAAUAAUAUCCAACUAAAUGGUGAGAUAUGUGAAUAUCCAAAUUUGAUUAACUCAACCUUUCAUAAUACAAGAUCACCUGAAACAGUUGAAUUAACAACAGGAAUACAUUAUACUGAGAACUCUAAUAAUAUGUUACACAAAAAUCAAAAUCCUUUUAAUCUUGUCUUAAAUAAUCAUAAUUGGGACGUCCUAUACAAUACAAGUCCAGAAAUUCUAAUUGCUCAAACAGAUAGUUCACUUGGUAGUAAAGCUCCAAGUAAUAGAACAGUUAGUACAAGUGAAGUAGAAAGAUUUGAUGAUUUUACUCAAAAUUACAAUAAUUGUAUAACAAGUCAAGGAUUAAUUAAUUCAAAUCAGUCAUUAUAUCCUGAAAUCAACGUUCCAAUUAUUCCAUCCUACAAUUUUUCAUCACCAUACUCACUUCAAAACAAUCAGUUGAUUACCGACAUAAGUAACUCUAUGAAUAAUGAAAUAUUAUUAAACCAGAAUUUACCUAGUCCAUGCAAUUCAAACAAACUAUACAUUGAUCAAAUAUCAGCACCUUACCCUUACUCAUCUUUACAAAAUGAAUCCAUAAUGCUAAAUCAGAACAACUUAUACAAAUUAGAUACCAAUAGAACGUUAAAAUUUGAUAAGUCAGUGACACCAUUUAACCAAACUAUUAAUUCCUUACCAUCUAGUGAAUAUCAAUGGAAUACAAAUCACCAAAAUGGGCAAACGCAUCUUGAUCAAAAGUCUUAUGAUGUGGAACUUUCAUUAACUCAAAAUCAUUCUGUCUAUCAAAAAUUUAUAAAUCCCAUCAAUAAUACAUCACCAAGUAAUAUUAACGCUUUUUUCAACUUGGCGGAUACCAUCCUAAAUAAUCACAAUAGCAAUCAGCAUUUUUAUCAGAUGAAUACAAACGGAGAUAAUUAUAUCAUGUCAAAAUCACAUAUAGGUACCUAUGAACCAGAAAAUUCAAAUUAUAUGAAGUAUAAUAGUUUACAGAAAAAAUCUUUAAACAGACAUUCAAUGGCCACUGAUUAUAAUAGGUCUGAAAGAGUUAAAACAAACAUGGAAUUGAAUUCAUUGCCAAUGGAGUAUUCACCUCUUAAUAAUGAUAAUCAAUCAUCAGUGAAUCAUAAUGGACAGCGUCUUAUACAAGAUUUCGAUUUCAAUUUAUUACCUGAUCAUUUGAUUCUGAACGGUCAAGUAAACCAAACAUCAAUAAGUAACACCACAGUUAAUCAAAUAUCAAAUAUUUACCCAACAGGAUCUCAUAAUAAUGAUGUUAACAAUGAUACAGUUCAAGUUAAUGAAAAUUCUCAUAUUACAAAUACAAAACAUUUAUCGAAACAAGGUAGUAUUCAUCAAUCCCCAUCGCCUUACAAAAAUACCGAUUUAUUGUAUAAUAACUACAAUUCUACAAUGACCAUUGUUAAGAACAACGACCAAGACACUUUGUCAAAUUGGGAUGAAAAUCUAGAAUUUCAUAUUACAACAGACUUAGAAUUGUUAACAUCUACAGAAGUUUGAUAAUGGUUUUAUAGUAUUCUGGAGUGUUUUUGUUUCCGUGAAUCAGGUUUUAACUGAUCUUUCAU